CUUUAGUUACUUAAAAAGUUCGUGUAUGACAAACUAAGGCUAGGCUUUCCAGUCUUGGCGGCAGCAGCGACGCAUGCGUUCUGGCGUUACAGCGUUGGUGACCAAUUGCCCAAUACCAUUUUGGAAAAUUCGAUCUUCAUUAAUAAUUCAAAUUCAAAUUCAAACAAUACACUAAACCAUCUAUGUGUAGCAUUGGAUCAUAUUUGGGAUAACCAUCAUGUUGACCAAUCUAGCCCCUAUACUUUUAUUUGUUGCAACCGCCUAUGCGAAUACAGAAAAGGCCAUUUUUCUCGGUCCAGCAACGGUCAACAUCCCUUCUGCACAUCCGACACUGACUGACUUACAUAUCGAUACCCUUUCACCCAAUAAUAAUUGGGCGAUACGGACACAUCUUAAUGCUCAAUUCCCAAACAGCUCAUUACCACACGGCAAAGCGACAUGGCUCAUCCUUGACGAACUCACCGAAGGCCAACGUUACGAAGUGAGAGUAUGUUGGGCCGCAACUCAACCUACCGAAUUCAAAAUCAAUACCUAUGAAUUGCAGACUGUUUUUGAUACUGCGGAAUUGAUAUCAGAGUUAUCAGAAUAUUCUUGGUCUCGCCAGCCUGUUGAGACUGACAACACAUCUCAAUUUAAAUCGGAGAAAAGUGUUCAUGUCUCAGAUACAGAGAGGGAGGCGUCAGUCCUCUUUCUCCAAAUUCUAGCGGCGGCAGAUUACUACACGACGAAUAAGACGUUGAUGAAUCAUGUGCCGCCUGUCUAUGUAGACAUCAUUCUCGACCCCUUCCUCCUCGGCGUACUGCCUCGUUCACUAUUGCCAACCGUGGGCUACAUUAUUGUGGUAGCUAUCGCGUCAUGGUUUAUCGCGCGACAGAUCUCAAUAUGGAUUCGUAACUUAGGAGUGGAAGAAACCCCUGAGAAGAAGACACAGUGAGGCCCGAACUAGCGUAUGACCGCAGCAUGGCCUUCAUCUUAUCCAUAAUUCACUUUAUGCUUAAAAAAACUCAUAGCGAAUCAAAUGC